AUGAAUUCAUGUAUUAAAACAAUAGGAAGUGCUAAAAUACUUUAGAUAAUGCUUGUUGCUGAUAGCCUACUUAUUCACAUACAAUCCUAUUUGAUUUCAAACUAUUAUUAUUUGAUUCUAGCCUUAUCAUUAACUUGCUUUCAUGCAAUCGUUUUAAUUUCAGAACAUUUUUUAUAGGGCAAAAAUAAAUUAAUAAAUAUACUUUUUAAUGCAUUUAAAGGAGUAGCUCAGAUAAUCGUUCACUAUUUACUGGAGUAAAAUUGGUUGAUAUUUGCGGGCAUUUAGUUAAUUUGCAUACUCAAGUAGGAUGUCUAACAUGUUAAAUUAGUUUCAUCUAUAUUUUUUAUUACUUAAAUAUUUUGUGUAGCAUUUAGCAAAAAAGAUUUCAUUAUUGUUGGAGUGAUAAGAACUUUAUUUAAUUAUAUUUUGAUAAGUUAAAUUUUUAGAUUUGAAAGUCAUAAUAAAAUAAUUUAGCUUGAAAACAUUCUUAAACAUAUAUAACAUGAUGAAUUUUGUUUGUUAGAUCAUAAUUUCAAUCCAAUUUUCAGAUAAUAGAUCUUUAAUUAAUUAAAAGAAGAAUAAUUAUUAGGUGUAUAAGAUUUCUAUAACUAGACAAGAAUAAUUACUCCAAGAGAUAAUACUACCAAUUUAAUCAGAGAUAUUGCUUCCAAUUAUGAAGAAGAUGCAAAACAAACAUUAUCACUUAAAGAAAUACUUUUUCAUCUAAAAAAAAGUAAAGUUUCUUUAUCAAAAAAGCUUUGUUAUUAGUUAAACAAUUAAUAAAAUUAUAAUAUCUAAAUUGAGAACAUUAUUUUAGAUCAUUAUAACUCUAUUAUUAUGAUAUCAAAAAGAAAAAAAUUUAGUUCAACAUAGUCAACCAAUUAAAUUAAUUUUAUGAUAAAGACUGUUCGAAAAGUAUCUCAUGAUAUGAGAAAUCCUUUAAAUGCAAUAAUUAAUAUGUAGAUGUGUUUAAAAGAUUGCAUAGAUGAAAAUUUAGUUAUAAAAUAUCUAAAACCUUCUUUAAAUUCGUGUCAUUUAUUAUUAAAUUUAAUAAAUGAUAUAUUAGAUUCAGCCUAAGUUGAAAACAAAAAGUUAAAGUUAGUUUAUCGUAAGUUUAACCUUGAAAAACUAAUAAAAAAAACAAUUUCAAUAUUUGAUUCAUUAAAAGAUAAGAAAGAUAUAAUGAUCACAUUUAAUUAUGAUUCUAAAUUACCAGCUUGGGUUAGCUCUGAUAAAUUUCGAAUAAGAUAAAUAAUAAUGAAUUUGUUAAGUAAUGCAAUAAAAUAUACAAAACCAAAUGGCAAAGUUUAUAUUGAUUGUUCAGAAAGUGCUUAAAGAAAAAAUUUUAUUAAAAUUUGUAUUUAAGAUACUGGUUAUGGGAUAAAACCAGAAAAUUUGUAAUAUCUAUUUUAGGAGUAUUCUAAAAUAGAGGAUGAUGAAAAUUAGAGUUUGAAUCCUUUCGGAAUAGGAUUAGGAUUGAUGAUAAGUAAUGAAUUAGCUAAAUUAUUAUCAAAUAAUGGUAUUCAAGUUCAAUCUGAAUUGGGAAUAGGUUCAAAAUUUUAUUUUGAAAUAGAAAACAAAUAACCAUCAGCUGAAGAUAUUUCUGAAUCAUAAUUGUUAAUAAAUCAUUAAAAUGGAUUACCUACUUUUGAUGUUCAUUUUUUCCCAGGAAUUAAUUCUUAAAAAUCUCCUGCUAUGUCAAUAGCUUUACCUUAAGUAGAGAGUAGUAAAAAGAUUAUAUUAAGAAGAUCUUAAAAAACGAUAAAUAUAAUGACUAAUUCUGUAAAUAAUUAAACAAAAAUAAAGGUAAAAAGUGAUGAAAAGUGUUUGGGUAGAAAGUAGUCAUUAUAAGCAAAAAAAAUAGAAGCUCUAAUUUAGAUUUGGUAUGAGAAUACAUAUUAAAAACCUCCAAUUUUAAUUGUAGAUGAUGAUGAAGUGAAUAUUAUGGUUUUAUAAUAUUUAUUGGAAUAGAUGAAUAUAAGUUCUGAUUCAGCAAUGAAUGGAAUGACUUGUUUAUAAAAAUUUGUUGAUAGAUAAAAAGAAGGGUUAUCUUAUCAAUUAAUUUUCUUAGAUAUUAAUAUGCCAGUAAUGGACGGAUUUGAAUUAGCAAAGAAAUUAAUUUAAAUUGAUCCCCGUAUAAUUUUAAUUGCUUGUUCAGGUGAUGCAUCAGAUUAGAAUUAUAUAGAAAGAUGUGAAUAAUCAGGCAUCUUUUGUUCUAUUCUUAAACCUGUAUUCAAAAGUAAAUUAAAAGAACUACUAAUAAAAUUAUCUGAAGGAAUGAAAUAUGAUAGUUAAUAAUUUUCAUAUUAUUGCUGA